AUGUCCUCCGAUGGCUUAGACCCGGAACUCACUCAAGAGAUCUUCGAUACUUAUGGUCGACUUGUAGUCGAAAACUACUGCAUCAUCGCAUCCUCGGCCCUCCUCUUCGCGGACACGCUUAUGACAUUAACGAGCGAAGUGCAGCGGAUAUGGCGCAGGAAGUUCACCGGUGCAACCGCCGUCUUCCUCGUUACGCGGUAUGUGGCCGUGGCGGAGAGGAUCGUGUUGUUGGUCAGCGUGUUCCUGCCUACUGUUCAAGACGAGUACAAUCAAGUGCAUUAUAGUCCAAUCGCAUUUGGCGCGCCGCUUUUCGGCUGCGGGGCGGACAUCGACAACGCGAUCUACGCACAGAAAUUUCUUCAUGAGGAUUCUUGGCUCGCGCUCGAUGCAACCGUUCUGGUCUUGACUUGGCUGCGAACGCUCGGGGUGCACCGCGAGUCGCGCCGUUUGGGGCUACACACGCCCUUGGUGACGCUCCUUCUCCGUGACGGGACCCUAUAUUUUCUCAUAAUUAUGGUCAUCCAAAUCUGCGGAAUUGUCUCGAUGUCUGCUGGGAACGUCUUUGCUCUUUGGGAAGUCUGGCCGUUCUUUGAUCAAGUCUUCACCGUUAUCUUCUCCUGCCGGUUCAUGCUCGACCUCCGCGGAGUGUACCUCGCCUACGCAGUCCCCUCACACCCGGACUUCGACGGCGGCAAGGACACGCUCGCGUCUGGGCACGCCGAGCUCUCGCGCCUGCGCUUCUCCACAAGCGUCGUCGGAAACAUGGGCGCGCCGCUCGACACGUUCGGCGUCGGCUCCAAGAGCCACGCGCGUUCGUUCAGCUGUGGCAGUGGAUGGAGCCGCGAGACGGAGGAGACGGAGGCGGAUACAUUCGAGACGUCCGAGGAUCCACUCUUUGCGGACCUGCACCACCCGGUCGACAUCGAGCACCCGGAGACGCCGUCGAGGUCCGUUCCUUGA